AUGGAAUAACCGCUUCGAGUGGUACGUGUAAAAAUCCUUUUAAAAAAAUGUUUAUAAGAACUUGUGACGUCAACGGAGUGUCACCAACUCAUCGCGGCCAAAGGCGGUUCAUUAAGUUUUGGAAGACCCAAUGUGGUUCCUGCCAAUGCGCAUGUCGCGUUCUAAAUUUAUCGUCUUAUGUCUCGUGGUAGGUGUCCGUUUGUCGUCUUAUGUGUCAAAGGGUUACUAAUGUCUUCCAUUUUACUACAUUUCGAGAUUUUUUGAAUUGUCUUCUCAACCUCUGGUUCCUAUCCCAACGCGUCGAUGCUGCUAUCGGAAGAAUGGACGCUUUAUCAUCCACGAAAAGCGAGAAUGUUCAUCUGGUGUCGUUCUCGACCAACUGUGAUCAAACAUCUUCCAAAAAAACACUCGUACCUCUAACGAUAACUGUCAAUGGUAGGAUAUCUCCGUGGCUACCCGAAAUUCCUCCUAACAACGAGAAAAAUGUCAAAUUGGUCGGCUUCUCACUCAAUAAUAGUUUGAAGAGAGAUGCUAGAAGUAUGGAUGAUAAAAAAGCCAAAUUAGAAGAAGAAAGGCGUGAAAGAAUCGCCAAGUUAAUGCAAGAGACUCAAGAAUGGUUCUCUCAAAUGCGUCAAGAGAAUCAGAAGUGGAGGAGGGGAGUCAGCGAUUCCAGUCCCAUAGAUGCUACUAGACUACUGAAAGAAGCUCAAGAUAGAUUUUCGGCCGGAGACGACGAUUUAUUUACCAAAUUCGUUCGCGAAAACCAGGAGAGAUUCGCCGAAUUAUUGGAAGAAAAUGGUCACAUUUUUACAAAUUUUCCUCGACCCUCCAGCAUGUACUUUUAUCCGGGAAAGAGUGGCAGGGAUUCAGGUAAUAGUUUCGACACGUCGGAACUAACCCAGAACGAAGUACGAACUCUGAACUGUACCCAAAGUUUCAGCACGCGCCAAUCUUCGUAUAGUCAUAACGUGCAAAAUAUUUUUAACCACGGAAUGCCGACAGUCAAAGGCUGCAAAACUAACACCUUCGAUGACAGUUGUGCCAAAAUGGAUCACAACGAUUCUCCCGAUAUUAAUUUAUCGUCACCUACCAAGGUACAAUUUAGGAGUAAUAAAUCGCAAGGUGCUUAUCACAUGACUUCCUCUAGAAGUGUGUUUGAAUAUUGUGGAAGGACUAACACAUACAGAUUCAGCAGUGAACAAGUUACACAAUCUUAUGAGCAAGGAUAUGAAAGUAUUUCUGAGAGUGAAGAUGAAGAAGAAGAAUCAGAUGCCAUUAGUACAAUUGGAGAAGCCAGUGAAUUUGAUGAAAGUAGUAUGCAAGAUGUUGAUGCAAGAAGUGAUUCAGGCUGCAUGUUAGCUUUAGAGUAUGAAACAAAAAAGAAUAAAAUUGAUAAAGUUCAACAAACUCUACAUAAAAUAGCAACAGAAAUUCUAACAACAGAAAGAACCUAUGUUAAUAUUCUCCAUCUUCUUGAUCAAGUAUUUGCCUUCAGAGUAGAUCAAGAAAACAGAGCUCAUCCAAUGUUUUCCCAGGAAAUAGUUUCACAGAUGUUUUCAAAUUUAAAAUCAAUAUAUAAAUUACAUCAUGAUUUUUUAUUACCACAAUUAGAAGAAAGGAUGCAAAAAUGGGAAACAGAACAACGGAUAGGAGAUGUAAUGAAAAAUUUUGCACCAUUUUUGAAAAUGUAUACAGAAUAUGUAAAAAAUUAUGACAAUGCUAUGAACUUAAUUAACAUAUGGUACCAUAAACAACCGUUAUUUGCUCAAAUUAUGGAUGAUAUUCAUACAAUGGAAGAAUGUGGAAAUCUCACAUUACAUCACCACAUGUUGACUCCGGUUCAGAGAGUUCCUCGAUAUCAACUUUUGCUCAAAGAUUACUUAAAAAAACUACCAGAAGAUUCUAUAGACAGGCCAGAUACAGAAAAGGCUUUAGAACUUGUUUCUACAGCAGCAAACCAUGCAAACGAAGCUAUGAAAAAAAUUGAUAAAUUUAAAAAACUUCUAGAAAUUCAAGAUAUGAUUGGUGGCGUUAUAGAUUUGGUGAGUCCCAGUCGGGAAUUAUUGAAAGAAGGAAAAAUUAUAAAGAUUUCUGCUCGAAGUGGAGAUCAUCAAGAAAGACAUCUGUUUUUGUUCAAUGACAUGUUGUUAUUAUGCAGUCAGAGGCUGAUUGCAAAUAGAGUUGUUUCAGGACCACUUUUUCGCAUCAGAGCAAGACUGGAUGUGGAUGGUCUAACAGUACUUGAAGGAGAUAAUUUAGAAACUGCAAACACAUUUUACAUAAGAAAUACUGGCCGUUCCAUAGAGUUAUAUACACAAACUCUUGAAGAGAAACAAGAAUGGAUGCAGCUAUUAGCAAAAGCAGUAAAUGAUUUAGCAACUAAGAAAAGUUCUUUGCGAGUUGGAAAAUACGAUUUAAGGUCUCCAGAUAGUCUAGAACUUGGAAAACGGGCUCCAACAUAUGCUAAAUCUGAUGGCAUUGGUCAUUGUAUGUGUUGUGGCACUGCCUUUAGCACUUUUGCAUUCAAAAGAAAGCAUCACUGCCGAGCCUGUGGCAUUCUUGCUUGUAUGAAGUGUCUUCCUCAGAAGGUUCCAUUGUCAUAUGACGAUAACAAGCAGGGACGAGUUUGUGGUCAGUGUCAUGAGAUUAUCUCAAAACAAUUGGAUGAAAAGCUUGAUCUCCAAGAAGAAGUAGAAAAUCACAUCCAUCAGAAAGGAGUCUUAGAAGUUCAUCCUUCUGAUCCAUCAGUAAUCAGUGGCUAUUUGCAACUAAAAGCACGCAGUCGAACAUGGAUUCCACGAUGGUUUUCUUUACAUGAUGAUUUUGUAUUAUAUUCUUUUCGGUCUCAUGAAGAUGAUCGUGCUUUAACAUCCAUGCCAGUUCCCGGUUAUACAGUCUCUCUACCUGAAAAGGGUGACAAUGUGGAUGGUCGAGAGAAUGUUUUUAAAUUAUUCCAUAAGAAAAAAGUUUAUUAUUUUCAAGCAGCUAACAAUAUCCAACUACAAAAGUGGAUUACUGCUUUAGAAAAAGCAUCAAGAGCUGAAAAUGCAAGCUGACAGCCAUAAGCUCUUAAUUUUUUUGUUGUACAGUCAUAUUUUAUUUUCAAAAGCAAAAGCUGCCUAGUCAAUGAUUAUUUCAUUUGAUCAAUUUUUAAUAUGGAAACAUUUAUCAUUGAAAUAAUCUUGUGUUAUAUACUUCAUUAAUGAAGUAUAUAACACAAGAAUAAGAAAAUGAUAAGAGUAAAAAGACCAAAACACUAUUAGCAUGUAUCCAUAUUUUAAAUUGGUAAGAAAUGGUCCUGUUAUCAAAUGAUGACUGUGUCCAUUGCUUGUAUAUGUUUGUAUUAUAUUGAAGUAUUUGUACAAAGCCUUUUUAAGGCAAUAAUUUUUCAUUAUGUAAAGAAAAUGAUCAAAACUUAGCAUCAGAUUAUGAAUAAGUUGUACGAAUAAAAAUAAAUAACAUUCUAGGAUUUACAAACUGUUUUAUUUAUAGUGCACAGUUAAACAAAAAGUGAACA